AUGCAGGAACUUCAAUCCCAUUAUAAUAUAAAGUCAUGUUUGAGAUUUGAAGAAUUUGAAGGUGCGGAACACCCAUCAACUGAAAGUCCACUUAUUCCACCUUCAGUAAGAAAUGGAGAAUCGACACGUCAACUGGCCUCUCACUUGGGUAUGUCAUGA